AUUUAAAGAAAACAGAGAAAAGGCCUGUCCCGAACUGCUCGAAAAGAAAAGGUAAAACACAACUCCCUCCCGAUCCCAUCUCCUCCAGCGCGUUGAACCAUGCCCCGCCGCCGCGCCAUGACCCGCCGUCGCACCAUGCCCCGCCGCCGCGCGCCACCACCCCAUGACCCGCCGUCGCACCAUGCUCCGCCGCCGCGCACCGCCACCCCAUGACCCGCCGUCGCACCAUGCCCCGCUGCCGCGCACCGCCACCCCAUGACCCGCUGCCGCGCGCAUCCACCCCCUGCCCCGCCGCCGUGCGCCACCACCCCCUGUCCCGCCGCCGCGCGCGCGCAGGAUUCUACCGGCCGGAGCAGAUGCGAGCCGGAUCCAGCCUCCCCCCGAGCUCCGUCUUCUUCCCCGCCUCCCUCCCGCGAACCGAACGCCUCCUUCUGGGUGGUCCGGCACCGCUGCGUCUAGCGGUCCAACCUCGCCGCCCGAGGCCGUUCACCGUCGCAGCGCCUCCUUCCGUCCGCGCCACGGGCUCCCGUGCACGGCCCUUGCCGAAGCUGGUGCGCACGUCCCUGCCCACCUUUUCUCCCUCUCUGUUCCUGCACUCCAUGAAUUCUUGUUGAGUGCUCGUUACGUGUUUGCUAAAAUGUCUAAGUGCACUUUACUACUAGUUUUGAUGUGUUCACUGUUUAUUUGUAGCUACCUUGUGCUUGCUAAAUGUUACAGCUUACAGUACUUGGAGAAUUUUUCGUGUGUGAUCUGUACUUUAGGUGCUAAUCCGAGAAUUCGUGUCCUCGAGGAGUUCAUGUAUUACUACCAUAGGAGUUCAAACACUACACCAAGAAAAAGUUCACCACACGUACAUUUUAGAAAAAGGAUACUUUGGAAAGUUUACUGGAAAUAAUACUUAACAAGAGCCGCAUGUUUGUUUUACUGCCUAAAGGGUGAUCUGCUGUGAAGUUAAGCGAGGCAAGGCUAGGACAAGUCCGACUGUUUUUGAGUGGGAAGUUCUGGGUUCUGACUUACAUUUGAUGUAGGUGAGGGGCAACUACCCAAAAUUUCUUGAAUGAUUGGUUGUUCCAUUUCUCAGUUGUACAAUGAUGAUUUUCCCAAAAAGUUCCCAAUUUUUUUGAUCAAUUUCUCAGUCGGUUUCGUAGAUCCAAGAGUAAAUGAAUGCAAUGCUAAUUAUUUCACUGGCAUAGAAAAAUGUAGUACGUGGUUCUUGCUGGAAUCUAGAUAGCUUUCUUUGUCCUCGUUAAAGAAAUAUAGCCUGUAUUAUUGCUAAAAAUGUCUACAUUAGUUCAGACUCAAAAAGACCAUAAAGUUCAGAGGAAGACAAAAUUAGCAAGAGAACAAAAAAACAAGGUGGCUCACCACAGAAACCCCGGAAAACUGAGGUCUCGUUUUCUUUUUUGCUCUAGUUUAUUCUACUUUGGCAUUUGGUGGAUGAUAUUUAUUGCAUCCUUCAUCACUGAUCUUGAGAAGGAGAUUGAUCCGUGAAUUUCUACUUUCAGUGCGUAAAUCUAUUGAUUUUUAAUGGUUAGGAAUUUUGGGAGAGUAGAAACCUGGAAGAGCACUCUCAACCGUCCAGGAAGACAAUAACGACAACCAGUAUGAUGGAUGUGAGAGUUAUUUUGACAUUUCAUUGUACAGUGCUUCUCUUUCUGUAGUGUUGUGUGUUUUCAAGUGCUUGAUGAAAAUUGAUGUGUCAAGUAGUUCAUGUAUUACUGAGGAGUUCAUGUACUGCCUAGUAAGUAAACCUGUUCAACGAUGUAAGCCACGCAAGUUCGAAAGGAUUCACAUCAGUACAAACUCGAGGGGCAUGUAUUACCGUCCAGAGUACAAACUUCAGUUUACCAAGAAGUUAAUGUAUUACCAUUUAGAGUUCAUGUAUCACUAUCCAGAAAAUAUAACUAUUGGUAUAGAAAAUGUUCAAUAUUUGUUCGAAAGCUACCUGCAAAAGAGAAGCCCUUCUUACAUCCAUUUAGAGGUCAAACCACGUGCACCGUCCUCAGUCCAACCCCAUGGCGUCAGGAUGAUCGAGCUCGUCGCAAGUAGCAGUCCAUGGCUGCCAUCUUCCACUUUCCUCUGCCUAGGUCCUUUCCUAUGGAGGUGCAAGCAGUUCGACAUGUAUUCUACUUCAGUUUAGUACAUCGGAGUAUCAUGUACGUCAGUUCAGUUCAGUACGAAAACAUUAGAGAUUCGACAGACAUAAUCAUGUCGCACAAGUUCAAGUAUAGGUUGCAGGAAAAACAAGAUGCACAAGUUCAUCUUUUGUAUGCUUUUCAGUACAUCUACUUCCCAAUCGCGCUUCCUCCUUCUCUCAGGACCCGACCCAACCACUGCCGCCAUGGCACGGCGCCUCCACCUCCCGGCGAAGGACCACCACCUCCCCGACGACGUGCCCAACCCCGACGAGGCCUGCCGGCCCUGGAGUUCCUCCCGCGACACCUCGACCUCCUGUUCAUCCAUGGAUUCUUGCCAUCCACCACGCCAUCAGGAACACGAUUGGUGAGAAACACCUUCGUGCUCCUCCUCUCGUACUCUUCAGUUCACAUACUGCCAUCCAUGAAGGCCAUUUUUCUUGUAAUCUAGAUUUUGAUCCAACUGAAAGUUCAGGAGUUCUUCGGGGGACUGCUCAUAGAUGCAAAAAAGAGACAUAGAGAGAGAGAGAGAGAGAGAGGCUACUACAAUUCACUUGGGGGAUGCUUUGUUGUGCAGGAUUUGGGGGGUGCCUAGUCUGGCAAGAGUUUUCAAGUAUAACAUGUGUGAUAGUGGCAAUUUUCAAAAACUUUAAUAGUUCAAGUACAUAAGAGAACAGAAGUCCACUCUGUAAAAACAACAGUAGACGCAGAAAGUUCAGUUUUGCUAUAUACGAUUGGUAAUGCCGAUGUGUUCCUUUGUGGUUUAGAUUUCGGCAGUAAACUAUGCAAACAAUUUAAAAGUACUCAAGUCCAACUUGCAAACCAGUAGCAGUCCUAUAGGGCAACAUGCAUCAAAUUCAAAAAAAUAGCAAACCUGACUUGAAGCAAAUUCGCAUCUGGUUGUUUAUUUCAUAGCUCAUCGUUUCUAAUACAAGCCAAUGCUUCUAUUCUAAUCUAGUUGUUUAUUCUGUAGCUCACUUUUUCUAAUAUAAUAUUAAAAGUCCACUAGAUGAAAAAUUCUUUGUGUUAGCGAUCAGUACUAGUGCUCAUCAGUACGGCAAGCAGCAGUACUGAUCAGUAUGACUUACACAAAUACUAGUACUGAUUAGUACUUUCUUAAUGUUAAAGAUGAUCAGUAAAAGAUACAAGUUGCAGUUCCAGGGCAACCUGUCUCAGAUCCUUUUCAGGUUCAGGUAAUAAAUGCUUGGUAUUCUUAUAUACUUGCAUCAGUUCAGACUCGCGGAUACAAUAAGUUGAGGGAAAACCCAUACAAAAGUUCAAAGUUGAGAAACAGGGGUUCUUUGUUUCAAUGCUCGCUAGUAUGCAGAUUGGGUUUGCAUGUUCAUAGUUGGAUGGCUACUGAUCUCUAUAAAACCUUGGAAGCAGUGCUUGCAUUACUAGUCCAACCAUACUAGGUAAAACUGAAUGUACCUAGCCAGUUCAAUAACAUCAUCUCCUUGUGCAAAAAAGUAGUUAAAAAGGUCGAACUGACAUCUGCUUCAGAAUGUCGCACAAAAAGAUAUUUAUCUGUAUUUGUCUUUUUCAUGUUGAAUUAUUUGAAGUAAAACAAAAAUAGCUCACUUUUGUGACUUUCAUCAUUUGAAAAUAUACAUGCCUCAUGUUCGAACUUUCAAUUUGUUUAAAACUAAACUGAUGGUGCUCUUG